UAAAACUUUGUGCUAGAGACUGAAGCCAGUCACAGAACAGAGUGAGCCGGGCUGAAUUGAACUUGGGAAAGAUACUAUUCCUCUGUCCCAUGACAGGAUUCUGUCUGCUGGUCAAACUUUUUGGUGAAAGUACAGAAAGUUCUUUUGAGGAGGGAGCUUGGGAUUUUUUUUUCAGUUCAGCAGGACUUCUGGAAAGUGGAAUUAUUUGCUUGCUGUUAGAAGAGUGCCAAGUACUUGAGUGAUCUGCUUCACAGCUGGACGUGCAACAGCCAAGGACAACUGGUCAAGGAUCAAAUUGUUAGGCCCAUCGAUACGACUGAUGGACUACUGAAGAGCGCAACCUCCCCAGAGUUCCAAUCUUGGACUUUGUGAAGUGGUCCCCAUACAGGAGUUCAUAACACUCGGCGAUAAAACACACCAAGUAGGUCGAACACAAGACAGCUACUUCUAGUUUCCAAGCUACCAACUGCAAGUUGCUCAACGAUCCCUGAGAGCCCACUCCAAAUAUCAGCACAGUACUUCUUGACAUUCACUGCAAACUUCGGAGGAUUUUGUUUUUGUUGUUGUUGUACCAAACUUGAACAAACUGAGACUUUGAAAUGGAGAUUACACGUAUUGUUAUCUUCUUGAUCGUGGUACAUGGAGUCGUCUCGGCUCGCAACCCGACUCGAUCUUCGAUGUCAAAGCUGAUCAACCCAGAUGAGGCGCCCACUGCCAGCCCCGAAGGACACUGCGGUUCCUGUUGCAUGCAGGGCCCCCCUGGCCCCCCGGGACCCCCCGGAACCCCAGGGUCAGCCGGCAUGCCGGGUAUCCCUGGCAACCAUGGCAUGAACGGGGUACCGGGGAGUCCGGGACAAAAGGGCGAUGCUGGGCAACGUGGGGAGACGGGACCUCAGGGCAGCCGGGGAGAGUCCGGUCCUGAAUACACCGGUUUAAAAGGGAGGUCUGGGGAGAGAGGUUCUCCUGCCGAGCUGGAAGCCAACCUGCUAAUGCCGCCGCCGUCUAGCGCGGAACCUCCUCCCAAGAUCGUUUCUGCCUUCUCCGCGGCCCGGAUGACCACAAUCGUCGCGCCCAAGCACCAUGAUGUCGUCAUCCCGUACGAGCACGUCUUCAGCAACAUCGGCAGGCACCUGGACCCCGGCACGGGGGUCUACACGGCACCCGCGCGCGGCGCCUACAUGUUCCUGGUCAACGUCCACAUGGCUUCCACCACCAACAGCCCCUACGUCAAGCUGAUGCACAACAACGAGAUGCUGCUGUCGGUGCACGACUACGACGCAAGCGACGCUUACGACUCCGCCAGCAACAGCUUGAUCAUUCAGAUGGAGCAAGACGACCGGGUCUGGCUGCAGCUUGACCAAGGCAACGAGGUCCACAGCAACUCAAACCGCUACACAACAUUCUCAGGCUAUAUGUUAUUUGAACUGCCAUAGUUAGAAACCAUCUGCAGCUAACUUUUACAGUGUUGCUUUAAUUUCAGUUUAAAGACACUUAGGAACAUUGGUUAUAACUUUGAUAACCUUGCUCAAAUUGAAGAUAGAGAUGGCACCAUAAUGCCCUGUUAAAUUAUUAUGUCUGAAAUUGUAUCGUUCGGAGAAAAAAACAUCAACCGACGUUGUUUUUGGGCACACAUUUUUACGUGUAUUAGCACUGGAAUCCAGUUACGAGACUAACAAAUCCAGUUACGAGACUAACAAAUUGUCUGUUUUCUCAAAACGUUUAGUGGCCACUGUGCUAACACUUUCACAGGUUAGUUGCUAUGCACCCUACUAAAGAUUUGUAGCCAUUUUGUUGCUUCCAAAAACAAACAAAAAGUACAGAAAGCAAAUGAUCCUACAUGUAUGUAUCUUUAAAUUUUGUCAGCUAAAACUGUUUAUGAAAGUUAUGAAAGUCUUUUCGAAGCCAUAACAGCUCAGUGGGUUUGAACGAUAUUACCAUUCCACCCCUCUCCUGUUGGAGAUGCCACUCCGUUCUACAAUCCCGGCCAAAACUUGCUGGGCCCCCACCGUCCGGCCCCCGUCCAAUGUUGUGUCUCAUUGCACGGGGGAGCGGGGGACUGGGGAGGGUAUGCUCAUAGUGUGGACAUGCCCCAACCAUUUUGGCCGGGAUGGUAGGUUUACUCCCCAGGCAAUGCAGGAAUGAAUUCAAAACUCAAGGCUUCACGGAUGCGAAGCAGGUGAAAGUCGGUCUAAAGUGACCUGUUUCAGUACAAGACAGUAAGCCAAUGACCAACCUUUACUCACAAAUGUUUUCAAUGAGCAAAUUUUUGGGUCAAUAUUUGAACAGAA